AUGAGUAGCAAGCUUUGGGAGUUCUUUUUGCGCGAUGACGUUGAUAGCUUCCGGCGGGUUCUGGCAACUGCCAGCUAUACCUCCGGUAGCCAGCGGGCUUCAGGACCUGGCGGAUCGUCUAAUUUCAAGAUCGGAAGCCCUGGGGGUACCAUAACCUCUACUGGUCUCUCAUUCAAAAGCAAGAAAUUGAGCGGAACGUCGCCAGGUAGUCCGGUCCCGGAUCGAAGCAAUACACCUCGGAGUGGAAGACCAUUGUCUCGGGAGGAGUUGAACGCUCGUGAUCAAUUUGGCAGAACGCUACUCCACCUUGUGGCUUCGUCGACGAAACCUACUGCGACCGACUUUGCGGUGGCUUUACUCGAGGUGCCUUUCAUUGACAUAUAUGCACAAGAUUGGGAGAGUGGGUGGACAGCGCUGCAUCGGGCUUUGUAUGCGGGCAAUGCCGCCAUUGCCCAAGCGUUACUGACUCGCGAUGUGCGCGAUGCAACAGACUUUAGUAAAUCGGGAAAUACAACCAACGCGAGUGGUACCUUGAUAAAAAUCAAAGAUAGAGAAGGAUACAGCCCCUUUGAUGUAUAUGGAGCUACAAUUGCAUCUCGUGAGAUCAAGAGUAUUGUCUCUCCGGUAGUGACUGAUCUAAAGCUCGGCGAUCUUGACAAUGCGGAUAUUGCUUCCAUUGCGUCCUCACAGCCUGACGACUUCGACGAAGACGGUCAUUUUGCAAAGCGAGCGCUAAAGCCGAGAACAAAUGUACUAGGUGACGAAGUAUUUACAUUUGGGAGCAAUAAGAACCUGAAUCUUGGUGUAGGGGAUCAUGACGACCGCCAGUAUCCCGAGCGAAUAACUUUCCAACGUCCAGAUCACCUUUUGCAGCGGUUCUUUUCCGAAUUCCAAGAGCAGCAUUUGGAUGAAGGGAGUUCAGAUCUCCAACAAGUGCGUGGAGUUACGGAUUUGCCAGCAUUGGUCAAGAACAAACAUAUCAAAAUUCAGAACAUUGCCAUGUCCAAGCUGCACACAGCCAUUCUCACAAACGAUCCAGAGUCGAACCUGUUCUUGUGCGGCUUCGGCCCCGGAGGGCGCUUAGGUACCGGUGAUGAGUCAACACGGUUCGGCUUUGUCUGCAUUGAGACCGGAGGGUUGGCCAACAAGAAGGUUAUUUCUGUUGCCCUUGGCCAGGAUCACACUCUCGCAAUUACAGAGGACGGCGAGAUAUUCAGCUGGGGAAGCAACAAGUUUGGUCAAUUAGGUUAUGGUCUUCCAAGAACCAACAAUCGAGACGAUGUGCCCAUGCAGAAGACCCCACGACAGAUAUUCAACCCGUUCAAAAAGGAGACCAUCCUUGGAGCUGCAGCAUCUGCGAUACAUUCAGUCGUUUUCAGCAACUUUGGUCUUUAUACUUUUGGCAAGAAUGAAGGUCAGCUUGGACUUGUCGACUCAGAUGCCCGAUCUCUUGAAACUCAGACGACCCCUCGGCGUGUCGGAGCGUCUCUUUUUAGUGCUCCAAUCCAGAGCGUGUCCGCUAUUGACCAAGCCACCGCCAUUCUUCUCCAGAACCAUGAUGUUUGGGUAUUUUCACAGUAUGGCUACUCGAGACUGUCUUUCCCUUUGGAUAUCAGCUCGAGUUUCAUUAGGAACAGCUUCAUGUCCACCCGGUACGAUACUUCCGUCAAUCGUAUCAUUAAAGUAACGUCCGGUGGAAAUACCAUAUGUGCGUUGUCCAGUUCUGGUGAAGUCUUCACAGUACAAGUCAACAGGACAGAGAAUCCACCGAGUUCGACUUCUACCACAAACCCAACUAAAAUACGGAAUUCCUUAUCUACACCGGCUCGAGUGUGGUCUGUGAAGAAGGCGCACAUGGCUGUGAGAGACGUUGAUGUUGGACAAGAUGGCUCGAUCAUCAUUUGCACAGCUUCUGGAUCGGCCUGGAGGAAAGAAAAGCGGGGGAAAGCGAAGGAUAGUUCAAAAGACCACAAAUUUGUCCGCGUCCCUGGGCUUUCUCGAGUUGUGAGCGUAUGUAGCAAUGCAUUUGGAGCUUUCGCAGCCGUGCAACGGAACUGUGACGUGACCAGGGAGCAAAUUAACAUCGACCAAAGCACACUGUGGAAGGAUAUGUUACCACUCUCACCUUUCCACUCUGUAGUAGGCUCUGUUGCUAUUCAUCAAGACGGUGUGUUGGACUCAGAGCCUAUCAUCAAUAUCAAGAAGGCCAUCAUGUCAGAGCCAGAUGUCGAGUCCUAUUUCCGGCCGCUGCAGACCGGACGUUUCCCCGGAACAGUAUGGGUCACCACCACAACCUCUGACAUACGUAUACCUGUGCACGAAUUCAUCCUGACAGGGCGCAGCCCGGUUCUGAGAAAGGCAUUCCAUGAUCUACGGCACGCACAAUCAUUCUCCAUUCCUGACGUGCUUACGAUCAAUUACGAUGGAGAAGGAUAUGCACAGCUUCAACUCCAAGGGGUUGACUUCUUGACUCUUCUGAACCUCGCUUUCUACUCCUACACAGACAAUAUUUUUGAAGUGUGGCAGCUAGUCAAACAUACGCCGGAAAGUGCAUCUAGAUAUCGUCAGGUCCGUUCUGAAGUGAUGCGUGUUGCCACGUGCCUGGGCCUUCACAGUCUAGAGAGAUCUGCCAGGUUAAUGAUUGAGCCUACAAAGGCACUGAAGUCAGAUAUGGAACGUGCGAUCAAUGAUAUCACGUUCUUUGACAGUGGUGAUGUGAUCGUUGAGUUGAAAAAUGGCACUAUGAGGGUUCACAGCCAAGUUAUUUGCCAAAGAUGUCCAUUUUUUGACGCUUUGUUCCGUGGCCGUUCAGGUGGCAGAUGGCUUUCCUCCCGCCGUAUAGAUCCAACCGACGAUAUAUACGUGGAUCUAAAGCAUAUUGAUCGGCAUGUCUUUGAGUUUGUGCUUAGGUAUAUGUAUGCAGAUACGGAGGAACAACUUUUCGACCAAGUUCGAACGAAUGACCUGGAAGAAUUCAUUGACCUAGUGCUUGAUGUUGCUUUUGUGGCGAAUGAGCUGAUGAUUGACCGGUUGGGUCAAAUCUGUCAGAAGAUGCUUGGCAGGUUCGUAACUACACGUAAUGUGUGUCAUCUACUCAACGCUACUGCGCCUUGUUGUGUGACAGAGUUCAAAGAUGCUGCGUUAGAGUAUAUUUGCUUGAAUUUGGAAGAUCUACUCUCAAAUAGAUUUUUGGAGGAUCUUGAUGAAUUUUUGCUGGGUGCGCUUGAUUCUGUUUGUCACGAGAAUCAGCUUUCGAGCUUCCCAGUGUCACGAGGGCGCAACUCCGAAGAAUAUGUUUUUGAAAAGUACCCCGAGCUUGUAUCCUUGGUAGAAAGAGACCGGCGGAGGAAGAUUGAUUCCAUGAGGCUUCGGUCACAUAUCAGCCAAAUCGAGGCGAGUGAAGGAAGGCUUCGAGCGACACUCACGCCUUCAGCGCCCUCGGGACAGAAAGCGCAACAGACUCCUACUAAGGGGGCUUCGGCUGCUACGUCACGUAGCCCAUCGUUGAGGCCCAAGCAUUCAAUCGGAGACCUGAUGUUCCAGAUGGAUGACGAGAAUCUGCUUAUACCGGGAGAAUCUAUUAAAGGAAAGACGGCAGUCCGUGGGGUCAAACCAAAUGAUGCCAAUGACAUUCGCUCAUACCCCGACUCGCCGGCUCUGGGCUCUAGUCUGACAGAGGGAGGAUCAUUGGAAGGCCGAAGUUACCUGGAUGAUCAAAUGGCCUCCCCAGAAGAUGCUAUACUUGCAGCGUCUCCCACUGAACUACGAGCUAGUGCGCUGAACGGGAAGAAGAACGGUUCUCUUACUCCACAAGACGUCUCUCAAAAACCAUGGAGUGCAUCAGUGGUUUCAGGCUCCAAGAAAAAUCUAAAAGACAUCAUGGACGAAGCAUCAGAAAAUCGCGUGUCGAAUCUCAGCCUAGGCAUGUCUUCCGCUCCUCGGGAAAGCAACAGCAACAACAGCAACAACCUCACUCCAAAGCUAUCUCAAAAGGAGCGCAAGAAGAUCCAGCAACAACAAAUGCAAGAUCUGCUUGCCGCUCAGAAAAAAGCCAAAGAACCACCCCAAAACCCAUGGAAGAUGGCUACACCCACCAAACCGAUACCAUUAGAAGCUACCGACGGACAAGACAGCCCAACCCCCGGCUCGGUCAAAUCAACCCCCAAGGCGCCCUCCAUGACCCUCCGUCAAACCGUCGCCGGGACACCACCGCCAUCAAAACCGGGAACACCACCUGUACAAAUCCAGAACCGUAAAACCUCUACCACAAGCGCCCAGACUCCCUCCAAACCUUCCAUCUCAGGUCCAUCAACAGCGCCACCCCCCAACCCACCAGCAACCCCUCAACCUCGACCCGCGAUCCAGUCAGUCCGCCACAUCCCCCGUCCAGAACCAUACCAAACCAGCUUCACCUCCCCGUCCCCCAACUCCCUCUCCCUAGCCACAAUCCUCAUGCAACAACAAACAGAAAAAGACGAAAUUCGCGAAGCAGCAACAGCCAAACACAACCUGCAAGAUAUCCAAGCCGAACAAGAAUUCCAAGAAUGGUGGGAUAAAGAAAGCAGACGCAUCCAAGGCCUGCCCCCCGUGGACCAAAAAGAGAACGAGAGAGACGGCCCAUCUGGCCGCGGCGGCCGUGGCAAGGGAGGUCAGGGUCAGGGUCAACAGCGCAAGAGACGUGGCGGUGGAGGAGGAAAAGGCAGCGGGAAUACCUCUACACCAGCUCCUUCUCAACAAUUAUCUCGGAGCAAUGGGCCCGACAAACCUGGGCAGAAGAAGAACUCAGCUUCGACGCCCCGUCAGCAGCGGACUGUUCAUGUUGAUGCCGCUGCUGGUGGGAAUAAUGCCCGUCGGAGUGGGAGAGGUGGUGGUGGCCGUGGGCGAGGUAAAGAUCGGGAUGAGAAUAUUUGA